GUUGAAUUGUGGGAUAUAUUGUUUUUAGCGACGGCAACAUGGCGGAUGCAGGUGGUUAAUGUACACAAAAAGACGCAUGACUCCAAGAGAAAAUUUAUAAAAGAGAGAUAAAUUACAGCCAAAAAACUGCAGCAAUACAAGAGGGGAACACACUUACCAUCCAAAAUGGCUUCAGCAGUAAAACAAAGUCCACCAAUUAAGUCUACCUUGCCAAACUUACUUAAUGAAUAUGGAAUGCCAGAGGAAAAAUCACCAAAGAAGAAGCAUCAUAAGAAGCACCACAAGAAAAGGGUAGAACAUUCAGAUAAACCUGAAGGUGUUAGAAGAGAAAAAAGUUCACUGGAAGUAGAGGAGAGAAAAAGAAUAAGAGAUCAUAAAUUUCAGCAGAUGUGCCAAAAUCCAGAGAAAGUCCGUGGAUAUUUUUUUGAUGAGUACAAGGAAAAAGUAAAGGAGAAGAUUGCAAAACAAAAUGAAAUGUACGAAAAGAGAGUUCAGGAAUUGGACCAGGAAAUAAGAAAAAAGGAAGAAAGGAUGAUUAAAAAAGGACUAGCUUAUAGGAAGAAAAUAAUGAAGAGGCAUGAUCUGACAACAGAUAAUACUUAUCUGAACAAAUCAUACAAGUCGUAUUACUAUAAGGUGUUGUCUAUCCAAGAGAAGCUUCAGAAAGAAGGAAAACUGAAGACUCUCACUGAUGUUGAUGCUUUUUGGGAAAAAGCCAAAAGCCCAGCAAUAUUUGAGGCAUACUUGUCUGACAAACAUGUACUGAAAGAGAGAUUUUCAGUGUCUCCCUCUUCUGUACCUACAUCUGCAUUUUCGUCAAGGACCCCAUCCCCCUCUGGUCGUAGGACAGGAUCUCCAUCCUCUCCUGUCCCACAUUUUGCAGAUUCAGAGACAGUCUCAUCCACCACUGACCAGGCUCAGGGGAGCACCAUAGACCAGAGCACUGCAGACUGGCACCAUCUGGAAGGAAUAGAGGAGGGGGACAGUUCUCCUUCACCAAAAAGUGGUAGAAAAAGUGAAAUGAGCUCUGCCAAGACUGUUUCUGCCACUCAGGUUGCCAAAGCAGCUGCUCAGCAGUUAGAAAAAAGAUUUCCUAAACAAGAGCUGCCAAAACUGCAUUGCUUUACUAUGGAAUUGGCAGAGAAACCACCAGAUCCAGAAGUGCUCCAGAGAGAGGCAGAGGCUGCAGUGAGAGAGCAGAAAAGAAAAACAUUUGUUAAAAAACUCAGAAGAAUGUAUCAGCUAGCUUUGACAAAUCAAGCAUCAUCACAAAGAAUCCUUGCUAAGCAUGCAGAUGAAAUGAAGAUGCUUACAGAAGGCCCCAGACUGGCAGAUUUGUAUGAAAGCUAUGACAACACUCCAGCUAUAGAAGAAAAUGAACAACCUGCAGAAGAUCCACGCUAUGUACAUCCUGCCCUGCCAGCUUUUAUGACAGAAUCUGCAUAUUCUCCUAUCUUAGAAGAAGAUGAGGAUGACCUGUACUCCUCGUCAAACACAGCAAGUUCAAGGUCAUCUUCAGUUUACUCUGCAGGAUCAAAGUCCAGGUCUACAAGUAAAAGUGAAGUGAUAAGAGCACCAUCUGCUGAAAGAAAUAUUGUGCAGUUAGAACCACUUAAGAAACCAAGUGCUAAGAGCAAGAAAAAAUCUUCGGAACCAGUAGUGCACACAGUAGAGAACAAACCACCAGGCCUGCAUCCUCUGACCAUGGGUGCGGUUCUACAGCAGGAGAAAGUACUGGAACCAAAAUGUGUUAGCACAUUUUGGACCAACUACAUGCAUGCAGGGAAAAGUAUAUUUGCCAAGUCUACCUGAUUAUCACCCACAUGCAUGACAGGAACUGACUGGUUGUUGCUGGAUGAAUGAAACCCAGUAAAUGUGUGGGCACAACCAUUGAAUUGAACAUUUUCUUGGUAACAGUGACCUAGUUACAAUCAAUAAACCUGUCAAUAGCCUGAGCUGCCAUAGUGAGUUGUGGACAACUUAAUUACUGCAUCACCUGGAUCCCUUCACUGCUAUGAACUGACAUAAUUGCACAAGUGAAAAAGAAAUUUAUAUAAAAGAACCCAUGACCCAUGUGUUGCCUGGCAAUUCCAAUUACUGCUGGAUUUUUUUUUAUCAAUGAAGGGGUUGAUAGACUUAAGGGGGAGGAGAGACAGUUUGUUGGUGGCAAAAUCUCUCUUAAUAUUAGUACAUAUGUCAAUCAAAAGCCUAACUGUGGUUUAUAUAUUUCAGUUAAAUAAUUAGUGUUUGCCAAAACAGGCAUGAAAUUUCAAUAUACUGAG